UUAUUCAGUGCUCUUCGAACGACUGGGUUGAACGCACGCGUUAUUAUUUAACAAAAAAAUGGAAACAACAUUUGAUAAUAAAAUAGUAUUGGUGACAGGUGCCAGUUCGGGUAUCGGCGAGGCCAUAGCAUUGUUGUUUGCAAAAUGUGGUGCUAAAUUAUCACUUGUGGGCAGAAAUGAAAAGAAUUUGCAAGAUGUGGCCGCCCGGUGUGCCGCGGAGAAAGGAAUUCAACCGUUUAUUAUUGUCGCUGAUCUUUCUACCGACGAGGGAUGUGAAAAGACCGCUAAAGACACGUUGGCUCAUUAUGGAAGGUUGGAUGUACUGGUCAAUAAUGCUGGGAUCAGCGCCAGGACCUGUAUCCAAGUCACCGACAUGAAGAUCUUCGACGAUGUGUUCAAUACGGACGUGAGAGGAGUCUACAACUUGACGAGGCUGCUGGUGCCGGCCCUCAUAGAGUCCAAGGGCAAUAUUGUCAACAUCUCCAGCAUAUCUGGAACUGUUGUUGUGGUUGGCAGCCUGCCGUACGGUAUGGCGAAGGCUGCGUUGGAUCAUUUCACCCGCUUGGUGGCUCUGGAGCUCGCUCCUAAAGGAGUCAGGGUGAACGCAGUCAGUCCUGGGUUAACUGUGUCCAACAUCGUAAAGCGCAUAACUGGUUACACAGAAGAAGAGUACCAGAAUUGGCUAAAGAAGGGUGAGAAGACGGUGCCUAUGGGGGAGGUGUGUGUGGGCGAAGAUAUCGCCAAAAUGGUGGUCCACCUGGCCAGCGACCACAGCCGCCUCGUCACCGGCGCCAUCGUGCAAGUCGACGGCGGACUGCAGUUCUGCGGCGGCCUAAAUAUAUACUCUGAACAAAUAAAAUAAUUUAAAAUAUUGUAUACUGAUUCAUGCUUAAUAUAAUAAAUUGAUUAUAAUUCAUGCGUAAUAUUAUCAUCCUAAA